GUAUUGGCAUUGACGUGGCUGAUAGCCUGGCAAACUUUCAUCUUUUUUUUCUUUCUCAUUUUCAUUUCCCCCUCUUUUCUCGCUUCUGCAUCACCAUUCACCCCAACACCAUACCAAUUUCUUAAUUUUUCUAUUAAAUCCACCAAAUUAAACAUAAACCCCAUCAAAAUUUCCCUCCUUUUUUUUAUAUACCCAGAUGGAAAUAAUCAUAAAGUUUCCUUCUUUACAACUUUUAAGGGUGUAGAUUGUAUCUUUGACUAUUACCCAGAAAAAAAAAAGGGAGAGAAUUUGGAGAAUUAUUUUAUACCCAGAAAAAAUUAAUCAUAAAGUUUCCAUCUUUAUAAUUAUAAACAAAUAUAUUGUAAUUAUCUGGGAAUUGUACUGUUUUUUUUUUGUUGCAUUCAGGUGAAUUUGGAGGAUUAUUGUUGUUUUGGAUUCAAAGGGGUAAGGCUGCAUUUGUUCGACUUCCUCAAUCCCUCAUCAUGAUUUAGAGUUUAAGUAGACACUUGAUUAAUGGGCUCUUAAGCUUUGGAUACAUCAUGGGAAACAGUGAAGGGGAGAAACCGACAAAAACUGAGAAAGUGGCGUCUCCUCCUCGGGAACAGAGCAGCGUUCAUGUUUAUCCUGAUUGGGCAGCUGUUCAGGCUUAUUAUGGAUCAGGAGCUUUGCCACCGCCUUACUUUAAUCCAGCUGCUACAUCUGGACAUGCUGUUCCACCAUACAUGUGGCCACCACCACAAAUGAUGGCGCCUUAUGGAUCUCCUUAUGCAAUGUAUCCACAUGGAGGAAUGUAUGGACCUUCUGCUGCACCCAUUUGUAUGCAGAUUCCAGCUCCCUUAAGUUUAGAAUCUCCAACAAAAUCAUCUGGAAAAGAUAGUGGUUCAGGAAAGAUGACUAAAGAAUCCGAUGUUCAUGCAGCAUCAGGCAACGGCAAUGCCAAUGCUGAGAGUGCUGGAGAUGCAGCUGCAGGUGUCCGUGGCCAGUCGCUGAGCACGGAUUGUGGAACUGAAGGUUCUUGUGAGAGAAGCUAUGACAGUUCAGCAAGAGAGGACAAUAGUUGUAGAAGUUGUAAUGGGGUGCUAGACACAGGUACGUGUAACAUGCAGAUGAACAAUGUAGUUCCUGGCAUCCCAAUGGCUUCUGUGAAUCCUGUGGGAAGCUCUCCCGCAAAUGGAGUAAAUUCUGCUGCCCCUUGUGCACCCCGACAGGAUGAAAGGGAGCAAAAACGAGAGAAGAGGAAACAAUCCAACCGAGAAUCUGCCAGAAGAUCUAGGUUAAGGAAACAGGCCGAAAUGGAAGAACUUGGGAAAAAAGUUGAUGAUUUGAAUGUUGAGAAUCUGGCCCUUAGAUCUGAAAUAAAUAAGUUGGUGGAAGAUUCAGAGAAACUGAGAACUGAAAAUUCUUCACUGAUGGACAAGCUGAAGAUUAUGCAGGGACAAAGUGAUGAGAUGGACUCUGAUAGGACAGAAAAUCAAGAGACAUCACAUAUUAAUACUGAGAACUUGCUAUCUAGAGUAAACAACCCGGUCUCCAAUGGAGUGCACGAGCAUAGCGAAGAAAAAUGAAGCACGUGAACGUAUAAAUAACUCAGUCUAGUCAGUUUUUUUUUUUUUUACUUCUUCUUUUAGCCGGAGAGAUCUUGUGGAUAUAAGCUGACCAAAGGACCAGUUUUGUUGUGUCCUAAAGUAUUGUGACCUUAAAUUAUGGCCAGUAGGUUGGCACAAAACAGUUGGUAGAAAAAUAGACAGGUUUUAGAGUUUAUGUAGUCACAAUGUUGUAGACUUGUAGUCAUGUUGUGUGUUCUCUUAGAUGUAAUCAAAGUUGAAUUAAGAUUUGUAGACAUUUUUUUUUUCUUGGGUGUAUUUUAAUAAUUUUAGUUUUUACUUUGUUGUUUAAACUAAUCAUGAAUUGAAUGGAUUUUUUUUGGGAUAA